AUGAACGCGCAGCUGACCUUGGAGGCGAUCGGCGAGCUGCACGGGGUGAGCCAUGAGCCGGUGCCCGCCCCCGCUGACCUGCUGGGCGGCAGCCCCCACGCUCGCAGCUCCGUGGCGCACCGCGGUAGCCACCUGCCUCCCGCGCACCCGCGCUCCAUGGGCAUGGCGUCCCUGCUGGACGGCGGCGGCGGAGGCAGCGAAUACCACCACCACCACCGAGCCCCUGAGCACAGCCUGGCUGGCCCCCUGCACCCCACUAUGACCAUGGCCUGUGAGACUCCCCCAGGUAUGAGCAUGCCCACCACCUACACCACCUUAACCCCUCUGCAGCCGCUGCCGCCCAUCUCCACCGUGUCUGACAAGUUCCCCCACCACCACCACCACCACCAUCACCACCACCACCCGCACCACCACCAGCGCCUGGCCGGCAACGUGAGCGGUAGCUUCACACUCAUGCGGGAUGAGCGCGGGCUGGCCUCCAUGAAUAAUCUUUAUACCCCCUACCACAAGGACGUGGCUGGCAUGGGCCAGAGCCUCUCGCCCCUCUCUGGCUCGGGUCUGGGCGGCAUCCACAACUCCCAGCAAGGGCUUCCCCACUAUGCCCACCCCGGCGCGGCCAUGCCCACCGACAAGAUGCUCACCCCUAAUGGCUUUGAAGCCCACCACCCAGCCAUGCUUGGCCGCCACGGUGAGCAGCACCUCACGCCCACUUCGGCCGGCAUGGUGCCCAUCAACGGCCUUGCUCCUCACCACCCCCACGCACACCUGAACGCCCAGGGUCACGGGCAGCUCCUGACUCCGGCGCGGGAACCCAACCCUUCGGUGACCGGCGCCCAGGUCAGCAAUGGAAGUAAUUCGGGGCAAAUGGAAGAGAUCAAUACCAAAGAGGUAGCGCAGCGUAUCACCACCGAGCUCAAGCGUUACAGCAUCCCGCAGGCCAUCUUCGCGCAGAGGGUGCUUUGCCGCUCCCAGGGGACCCUCUCGGACCUGCUGCGCAACCCCAAACCCUGGAGCAAACUCAAGUCGGGCCGGGAGACCUUCCGGAGGAUGUGGAAGUGGCUGCAGGAGCCGGAGUUCCAGCGCAUGUCCGCGCUCCGCUUAGCAGCAUGCAAACGGAAAGAACAAGAACAUGGGAAGGAUAGAGGCAACACCCCCAAAAAGCCCAGGCUGGUCUUCACAGAUGUCCAGCGUCGAACUCUACAUGCAAUAUUCAAGGAAAAUAAGCGUCCGUCCAAAGAAUUGCAGAUCACCAUCUCCCAGCAGCUGGGUCUGGAGCUGAGCACGGUGAGCAACUUCUUCAUGAACGCCCGGCGGCGCAGCCUGGACAAGUGGCAGGACGAGGGCAGCUCCGGCUCAGGCCACUCGUCUUCAUCAAGCACUUGCACCAAAGCAUGA